CCAAGACCGACUUCAAAGUCGUUCCCAUUUUCAGAGAGAGAGAGAGAGAGAGAGAGAUGGGAUCGUCAUAUACAUCAGGGCGAUCAGGGAAGAACGUAGGGCGGGCAGUGGCUUCAUGGGUGAAGAGGCAGCCUCCCAAGGUGAAAGCUUUCCUUGCAGUCAUUGCAGGCAUGGCCACCCUCGCCUUCCUUCGCUUCGUCGUCCACGACCACGACAAUCUCUUCGUCGCUGCCGAGGCUUCCCAUGCCAUCGGCAUCUCCGUCCUCAUCUACAAGCUCAUCAAAGAACGCACCUGUGCCGGACUUUCUCUUAAAUCCCAGGAAUUGACAGCUAUAUUUUUAGCAGUCAGACUUUACUGUAGUUUUGUCAUGGAAUAUGACAUACACACAUUACUCGAUACAGCCACGCUGGUCACAACUUUGUGGGUUAUUUACAUGAUCCGUUUUAAGCUGCGGUCUAGUUACAUGGAGGACAAGGACAACUUCGCCAUUUAUUAUGUGGUGAUACCAUGUGCUUUACUUGCAAUUGCUGUUCAUCCAACAACUACACACCAUCUUUUCAACAGAAUCUCAUGGGCCUUCUGUGUUUACUUGGAGGCUGUAUCAGUUUUACCACAACUACGUGUCAUGCAAAAUGCAAAGAUUGUUGAGUCAUUCACCGCUCAUUACGUAUUUGCUUUGGGCGUUGCUCGAUUCUUGAGCUGUGCACAUUGGGUUCUCCAGGUAUUGGACUCCCGUGGAUACCUAUUGACUGCAUUGGGUCAUGGGUUAUGGCCUUCUAUGGUUCUCCUCUCUGAGAUCGUUCAAACGUUCAUCUUGGCUGACUUCUGCUACUACUAUGUAAAGAGUGUUGUGGGCGGCCAUCUUGUGUUGCGGCUCCCUUCAGGUGUAGUUUGAAAGACCCGACCAUUCAACUCAUUCAACCUCUCAACCAACAAAGUAGAGAGAGAGAGAGAGCGACUAAGAAGAAAUUCCAAUGUCUCAUUUUGUAGAUAUAAACCGACAAAGGUCUGAUUACUACUUAAAUUAGCAGGUACUCUUUUAGUUCCAAAGUUAUUGACUGGUUUUGUUUUUAGUGUUUCUUGCAAGGGCACUAAUUUCAUCCAUCAAUAAUAUAUCACCUCCUUCGUCA